GGAGCGGUGUGAUGGAGGGACUGAGGUGAGGGCGCGCGGCGGGCGGCGCGAACCCACCGCGUCCGCCCAUGGCCCCCGCCUUGAUACCCAGGUGGAUGGUGCAAUGGCUGGUAUUUAUGGCGGUGGCGGCGCUGACCGACGGCGCGCUUGCCCACCCGCAGCUGCCGCCGGUCCUGGUGCCGCCCUGCCCCGCACAAUGCAUCUGCUUGUCGCAAUCACAGGUGGUAUGCAACAGCGCGAUGCUGCGGGGCGUACCGUCGGCGUUGAGCACUGGCGUGACACAGUUGUCUUUGUCGCGUGCCGACCUACGCGUGCUGCGCUCUGACGCGUUCGCACAUCUGCGCCAGUUACGGCGCCUGGCGCUGGACGCAUGCAACCUCACGCGCAUCCGCCCGUUUGCCUUCCGCGGCCUACCGCGCCUGCGUGAGUUGCUUAUCCAGCACACUCCGCUGGCCACUGUCGACGCCUUCGCCUUUGCCGCUUUACAGAACAUCACCUCAAUUGUACUCACACACAACAGGAUUGCGCAAAUUGAAGGCUACGCAUUUGCUGGAACUAACUUCAUAAAAUUGAUAUCUUUGCGAAAUAACCCAAUCAAGAAAAUAUUGGCUCAUGCUUUCUCGGGACUGACGGAUGUCAGCCAAAUAGAACUGCCUUCGGGGAUCAGGUCUAUCGAGCCCCAGGCCUUUGCCGGGUUGGAGGGCGUCGGCGUACUCGAGCUUGCCUAUAUGGAUUUACCUUCAUUGUUGGCCGACACUUUUAGAGGAAUGACGCGGGUCGGUCGCCUCGCGCUACGCGAGUCGGAUCUCGGCAUCAUAAAAGUCAGCGCGUUCGAUGGUCUGCAGCGCGUGGAUACUCUUGAAAUGUGCAAUAACAAAAUCGACGGAAUCGAGGAGCUCGCUCUAGUGCAAAAUAAUAGUGUGAAUACUUUCAAAUUGACUGGUAACCAUAUACUGGAAUCGCCGGAAUCGGUCGUUCUGGAGGUCGAAAAUAUUGUGAUUCGUGGGAACCACCUCCCAUGUGAGUGCGGGCGCGAUCCGUUGGCAAAUCCGCUGGCGUUGGCUGAAGAUUUCGCGGAAGAAAACUUUUGUAUUUCUCCGCUCAAGGUACGUGGGCGGAGCCUGGCCAGCGCGGCCGGUGCUGCAUGUCGCGGGGACUCGGGGGGCAGUGCACGCGCUCGAGCAGCCGCCGGCGCGGCGAGACUGCUGGACGCGCUCAUCUCGCCUACUCCGCACUUCGCGCUCACGCUGGCCGCCCUCGCUUUCCUUGCGAAUAGUUAAUCGCCCUUAGUGUUCAAUUAUUAAAUUAUGUACGUACUUGUUUGUAAAUAUUGUAUUAUAUGAUGUGACUAUGCGAAAUUUUACAUUGAAACGGUCCGUUCAUUGAGUAUACGUUGGACCAUGAAUAAAAUUUG